AUCAGUGUAUGGUAAGAGUUGUUUAAGACAAUGACAGGCCAGAAUGUUUCACAGCAGAAGGAUAUCAAGGGUGUCAACAUCCUUAAAGGCCUACAUGCGGCGGUCAACGUGUUUGUACCACAGCGAGAUGUCGUUGCUGUCAGGAAUUCAGACGCCCUGCUGCAGUGUUCCUUCUCUGUGGUCCCGGGCCCCAUUGACCUCAGCCAACUGAAGGUCACCUGGUUGCAGUAUGGGUUCCCAAUGGCCAAGUUUGAGAAUUCACAAACUAUUGAGAGAAAAGAUGCCACCUUGUUGAAAAAGGAGAUUAUGACGGGCAAUGUGUCACUGCUACUUCAAAAGACAGUGAAGCGAGACGAGGGGCCGUACGAGUGUGAGGUGGAGCACAAGGGGCAGCUGGACUCGGCCACACUCGUCCUGUCCAUCCGAGUUCCCCCCGAAGUCACCAUCUUUCCAGAGUCAGUAAAAAUGCUUAGUGAAAGUACCAUGGUGUGCUCCGCCAAAAGCUUCUACCCCAAACAAAUCCGUUUUAUCUGGACGAGGAGUAAACAGACUGUUGAGCCAUUCAAUGUCACCGAGCCUCGGCUGAACCCUGAUGGCACCUUCAGUGCUGAGAGCUUUUAUCGCUUCACCCCGACCAGCCGAGACGACCUGACCUGCGAGGUGCAGCACGAGGCCUUGAAGGAGCCGCUCCGGAGAUCCGUGGCCUAUGUGGGGCUGACUGGCACAGAGAUUGUAUUCAUCAUUUUCUUAGUCAUUGCUGUCAUCUUCAUCGUCUUCUUUGCCUUAUGGUUUUAUUCAGUGUCCCUGUCACCCCUGGUCCCCAUGAACCUGUUACAGAAUGAGCCCGGGGAAGUGAAGUGCACGCUUACAGGCUUGAGACUGAGACAGGUCACGCUUCAGUGGUUUAUCAAUGACAAGGCGGUCCCAUUGGAUGCACCAGAGGUGGGCCAUGGAGACUCUGAAGAUGAUGUCAUUUUACCCCUCAACGCCCCUUCUGGUUACAGCCUGAGGAGAGACGCUCUUCACAAGGGGUGGCUUAAAGUGGAGGAGCAGCUCACCCUCCUGUUCACGCCAAGCAUGUCAGAGCAUCAGCGGGCAACGGUCAAGUGUCGGGCCACCCACGGACUCACCAGGAGGAGCAGCGAGCGCACUGCCACUUUGGGAGAGGUGUAUGUUCGCCCUCAUCUCUCCGAUAUCCACAACAUCUCUCAGGUCACGGACACCGAUGUGAAACUGCAGAUUAGAGCUGAGAAGUUCCAUCCACAAUACAUCAGCAUUGUGUGGUUACUAGGAGGUAUAAGAGUACCCACAAACUCUCCAAAUGUCACAAAAAACCCUGAUGGGAACUUCAGCGCCUGCAGCAUUUGCUCUUUCACAAGGUCUCAGGUCCAGUCUCCUGAUUUCAAGGUCACUGUAGAGGUUGAACAUAAAUCCAUUGGUAAGGUGGAGAAAACUGCCACCAGUGACACACCAGGCAUCGACGGGCGCCCCCAGCUGUCAGAGAUUGAAGUCUUCUCGUACACAAAGGUAGGAAAGCCCUGCUCCCUGGGCUGCACCAUCUCCAGGUUCUUUCCCAGAACUGUGACAGUGACUUGGCAGCGAAACGGACCAAAGACAGGACAUAAGAAUGUCACUGCUGGGUUAAAAGAUUGGGCAGCCACAGUGAGCACACCCAGUCCAGUGAUUAGAAAUAACUUCUGCGAGGUGAUCUCUGAGGUCCUCUUCACCCCACAAGACCUCUCUGAAUUGGAGGAGAUGACCUACACCUGCAUGGUGGAACACGUGACCCUGGACAAGCCAAUGGAGAAGCAAUCCAGGAAGCUGCAGCUAACAGGUGUUAAGGGGCGUCCCAGGGUCUCCAAUGUGCAGGUUCACUUUAUUGAGUUUGGUCGCCCCUGCAUCCUGACCUGCACCGUGUCUGACUUCUACCCUAAAGAGAUCAACGUAACCUGGCAGAGCAGACAGAGGGGAACCCAGGCGACCCUACCAACAAGUCAUUAUGGGCCGUCAAUGAGGGGUGACCGAUACGCUCUGGUGUCUCAGGCAGAAUUCACCCCUUGGUCCUUGCGUGAUCUAGAUGACAUGGAGGUCGUCUGCAGGGUGGACCAUGAGACCCUAGGAGGAAAGCCCAUCGAGGAGUCCUGUUCAGUGUUCCCAGGUGUGAAUCGCUGUCCCCUGGUGUCUGACAUUAAGGUGGCUGAGUGUAAAGGACUUGGCCAGCCCUGCACUCUGAGCUGCUCCAUUACGAAUUUCUACCCCAAAGACAUCAAAGUGACUUGGCAACGAACUGGUGACAAAGGACCAGACAUCACGGCUGUGCCCUCUGAGUGCCAGAGUGGAAAACAGAGCUACCAGCUGGAGGCUAAGGCCACCUUCGUCCCCAAGACUCAAAGUGACCUGGAGGAAGUGGAGUACAUCUGCAGAGUGGAGCAUGAGACUCUAAACGGGCAAUACUUUGAGAGGCGGACGGGGAAGACUGGGCAGCGUGAUCUGCUAUGUUGCCCUGUUGUCUCAGACAUCGAGACUAUUAAGUGUGCAAAGCUCAGUCAGCCGUGUGUCCUGGGCUGCUCCAUCCGGGACUUCUACCCUGAAGAGAUCGAGGUGACCUGGCUGAGGAGGGACUUAAAGACGGGUAAUGAGUUCCAUUCAGGGACAGCUGGCUGGACGGCUGAAGUCGAUGCAAAACAAGAAAAACAGAAUAACAACACAUACAGCGUGAAGACACAGGUCACAUUCACCCCUGAGACUCUGAAUGACGUGGAGGAGGUGGAGUACAUCUGCAGGGUACAACACAAGAGCCUGUCCACUCCUGUAGACAAGCAUUCUGGGAGGAUCCAAAUAACCGGCCUUGUGCAGAAGCCCAAAGUCUCAGAGGUGGAGGUCAACUUCAUCCAGUUUUACCAGCCCUGCAUUCUCACCUGUCAGGUGUCUGACUUCUACCCCAAAGAGAUCAGCAUCACCUGGGAGAAGAAGAAGAAGAUGAUGAAGGGAUUAUUAAAGUGUGUGGAUGAAUGGAGGCCUCUGGUGACCCAGGAUGGGCCGUCAUGGAACAACUACAGAUACACGCUGGAGUCUCGAGCUGAGUUCACACCCCAGAGUCAGGCAGACCUGCAGGACAUGGAGUUCAUCUGCAGAGUGGAGCACAGCAGCCUGAGGGGGCCUGUGGAGAAGCAAGGCUCAUUUGCAGCUGUGCUGGCUUUAACUGGACUACAGGCCAAAGGAAGUGGAGACCAGGAGGACCAGCCACAGAACAGAGCUUCAGAAAAAAGAAAAACCCCAAAAGAACCAGCAGAUGACAGCAAGACAGAGAGUCCCAGUGGAUAAACAUCUGAACAUCCAGCCCAGCAUGUGGGGUGUGUGACUAGUUACCUCUGACCUGGCCUGAAGGAGACCUCCAGUUUGAUAUCCGCUGCACUUCGAUGUACCGUCCAUCCAGAUCCUCUGACCUCUUUAUUGUUCCUUUACUCUGUGAUGCCACUGAUCAAACUUUUAGAAUCACUCCAUGUGAAGGACCACUGGCUGAAAUAACAUUUGAACGGAACAAGAAGGCUCUAGUAGACAAGAUGGCCCACCUGACAACAGCACUUAAGCUCAUAGAAUCGUGAGAUACCAGCUAAGCUCACAACCACACACUCAGACUCCAGCUGUGCCACCCACUCUCUUCAACUGGGUCCAGGACUUAACAGGCAGACCCCAGUCAGUCAAGCCAGGGAACAACAUUUCUAAAAUAAUAAGCAUAAAUCCAGGAACCAUCCCAUGCUGUACACGCUCUUCACACAGGACCAUGUCGCUUCCCAGCAUAACACCAGUAUUAUUAAAUAUGUGGACAACACCACCAUUGAUCUCUGGGGCUGACGAGUCAGCGUACAGAAGGGAGGCGACUGGCCUUGUGGAGUUGUGUCAGGACAGGAAUCUCUCUCUUAACAGCAGCAAAACGAAGAGGAUGAUUAUUGACACAUGGAGGAAGAGAGGUCCGCACCCACCACUGCACAUCGGAGAGACUGAGAAUGGCCACAUUUAAACUUCUUAGCAUGAACAUCUCUGAGGAUCCCACUUGGACCUUCAACAUCACAGACCUGGCGGGGAAAGUCCAGCGGCGUUUGUAUUUUCUGAGAAGGUUGAGGAAGUUUGGUGUGUCAAUCAAUAUCCACAGCAGUGUCUACAGAUGCACAAUUGAGGGUAUCCUCACCUACUCCAUCACAGUCUGGUUUGGGAACAGAACAGCAUGGGAACGCAAGGCUCUACAGCAGGUGGUAAAAUCGGAGCAAAAUAUCAUCGGAAUAGCCCACCCUGCACUAGAAGACAUCUACAACACCAGAACUCUCAGGAGGGCCCAUAACAACCCACCCACAACAUGAACUCCUCAUACUGCUGCAAUCAGGGAGACCAGACGCUACAAGAACAUAGCAGUGAGAAGAACAUCAAGGCUGAAGGACAGUCAUCUAGCUCCCUUGUGCCAUCUGGCUUGUAAAUAAAACCCAUUCUCUGCCCGCUCCCGUCAGCACUGAAGGAUGGAAGGCCAUCUUGAGAUGACAGACCUGCAGAGCUUACACUGAAUCAUUGAUCUAUUUGCAUGUGCGCUCUUACUUCUGUUUGUUUUUUGUGUAUUCUUGUUUAUAUCUGGAGGACUCACAAAACAACAUUUAUUUCUAUAGCACAUUUUCAUACAAAAAAUGUAGCUCAAAAGUGCUUUACAUAAUGAAGAAU